UUCUAUUUUAGAAGAGUACCACAUUAACUGGACUCAGAAGCUGGGAGCGGGAAUCAGCGGUCCAGUCAGAGUCUGCAUGAAGAAAUCAUCUCAAGAAAGGUUUGCACUGAAAAUCCUUCUGGAUCGCCCAAAAGCUAGAAACGAGGUCCGGCUGCACAUGAUGUGUGCGACGCACCCCAACAUCGUUCAGAUCAUCGAAGUGUACGCCAACAGUGUGCAGUUCCCUCACGAGUCCAGCCCAAGGGCUCGGCUUCUAAUUGUAAUGGAGAUGAUGGAAGGGGGUGAACUCUUCCACAGAAUCAGCCAACACCGGCACUUUACUGAGAAGCAAGCAAGCCAAGUAACAAAGCAGAUAGCCUUGGCUUUGCAACACUGUCAUUCUUUGAACAUUGCACACCGAGACCUCAAGCCUGAGAACCUUCUUUUCAAGGAUAAUUCUUUGGAUGCCCCGGUGAAGCUGUGUGACUUUGGAUUUGCCAAGGUCGACCAGGGUGACCUGAUGACCCCCCAGUUCACUCCCUACUAUGUAGCACCUCAGGUUCUAGAGGCACAAAGAAGGCAUCAGAAAGAGAAAUCUGGUAUCAUCCCUACCUCACCAACACCUUACACUUACAAUAAGAGCUGUGACUUGUGGUCCCUUGGCGUCAUCAUUUAUGUGAUGCUGUGUGGUUACCCACCUUUUUACUCCAAGCACCACAGCCGGACAAUCCCCAAAGACAUGCGGAAAAAGAUCAUGACGGGGAGCUUUGAGUUUCCGGAGGAGGAGUGGAGCCAGAUCUCUGAAAUGGCAAAAGACAUUGUGCGCAAGUUGUUGAAGGUUAAGCCGGAGGAGAGGCUGACGAUAGAAGGUGUCCUGGACCACCCAUGGCUGAACUCUACAGAGGCCCUCGAUAACAUUUUGCCCUCUGCCCAGUUGAUGAUGGACAAGGCAAUGGUUGCUGGUAUUCAGCAAGCGCACGCGGAACAGCUGGCAAACAUGAGAAUCCAGGACCUCAAAGUCAGCCUCAAACCCCUCCACUCUGUCAACAACCCGAUCCUGCGCAAAAGGAAACUGCUGGGAACAAAACCAAAGGACAGCAUGUACAUCCACGAUCCGGAGAACAGCAGCGAGGACUCCAACGUGGCCCUGGAGAAGCUCCGAGACGUGAUCGCCCAGUGCAUUCUGCCGCAGGCUGGUAAAGGCGAGAAUGAAGACGAGAAACUGAACGAAGUGAUGCAGGAAGCUUGGAAAUACAACCGGGAGUGUAAAUUAUUGCGAGAUACCCUUCAGUCCUUCAGCUGGAACGGCAGAGGAUUUACAGACAAAGUGGACCGUCUAAAACUGGCCGAAAUAGUGAAGCAAGUAAUCGAGGAGCAGACAAAUUCCCACGACUCUCAAUAGCCGGAGACACUGCUUCUUUUUAGAGCAAAGACAGACGACACC